AUGCCCAGUGUUCUGCAUGAAGAAAUGUUUGAUGACAUGAAGAAGUUCAUCAGUAAAUCCAUUGAUGCCCUUCCAUAUGAUCACACCAUUAUCAAUCUAACAAUCCACAUGACUUGGCCACUGGAAGUCAAGGAUGGAUCAGUAACACCAGAUAUCAUCAUUACCAUGACUGCCAUGGAGGAACCUACAGAAGUUCUGCUGAUCCCUUUCUAUGGAGAGUGUGCAUUCAUGGAGACUGAUAAACACGUGUUUGAGAAGAUGGAGAAAGUGAUAUGCACACAUCUGGACAUCAUCUGUGUGGUUAUUGUAUUAGUAUGUGAAGCCACAGAUUAUGCCUCCCCUGAUGAACUUUUGGACACCACCAAUAUCCUGCAUGGUGACACUGAUGGCAGUUACCCACAACCCCACACUCUUAGAUCAUUCAUCAGGAAAUGCAGCAUGCUACAUAUAGUUGGGGAGCCCAUCGUGAUCACUGGUUACACUUGGUGCCAUCUCUCUUCAGUAGAGUACUUUGUUUGGGUCAAGGAAGAUGAUGUUCUGAUAGACAUCUGUUCCCAAGAUCCUGUGCACAUGGUGUACGGUACUUUAUUGCCUGAGGAUUCCUUUGUUACUUUCCAGAAGGAGAUUGCACCUGACCUCAACUGCACUGCUCUUGUGGAAACCCACAUCACAUCCUACUCUGACUUGGACUGGCAUAAUGCUGCAAAACAAAUCAUUUCUGCUUCAGAAAUCACUGCCCACAAACAUUAUCUCGCCUGGCACCUGUCACUUUUCAGUGUGGACAGUGACAAGUCUUCUUAUGUGCCUUUGCAGGAGACAGAUGAGGAGGGAGGGAGGGAGGGAGAUCACUGA